GCUAAACAUCAGCGACAAAGAAACCAACAAAGAAAAAACCGUGACACGAGUAUGAUCCUACGACAUUGAGAUGUGACACUGAAGCCCUCCUCCUGAAACAUGGCACCUUGGGUGAAAGCUCUCCAUUGUACAUCCACUCUUCAACAAGCCUUGAAGCUUCUUGCAUUCCAGUCCAGGUUCUGCAGCAUCACGCCAAAAAAACAUGACCUUAAAAUAUCUCCGAACCCAGAGAAUGAGUUUCUGCUGGAGAACUUAAAACUCAUGGGGGUGGACGUGAGUAUGGCCCGCCAGCGUCAGCCAGGGGUUCUCCGUAAAAACUUCACCAACGAGCAAGGGCUUGCCGGCUUUCUGCAAAGCAAAGGAGCCAGCGGCAAGACGGUGGCCAGCGUCAUAUCGCGUUAUCCGCGCGCCAUCACCCGUUCCCUGGAACAUUUGGAGCAACGUUGGCAGCUGUGGAGAAACAUCCUCCAGACAGAUGAGGAAAUUGUCAGCACCCUUGAUCGCUCACCGGAGUCCUUCUUUCGCUCCAGCGAUAAUGACAACAUCGAGAAGAACAUUGCCUUUCUGUCCUCGUUAGGGCUCAACAGUCAGCACCUCCACCGGCUGCUCGCCUCAGCGCCGCGCACCUUCUCUAACAGUGUGGAGCUCAAUAAGCACAGGGUGGAGUUCCUGGAGAACAUCUGUACAGAGAUGGGAGGGAAUGAUCCAGAGCAGUUUGCCAAAGAUUUCAUAUCCAGAAACAUCUACAUCCUCAUAAGAAGCACUAAGAGAGUCAAGGCAAAUAUCGAUUACCUGAAAGCAUCUUUGAAACUUAGCGACUCAGUGCUUCUGGCCCUGCUUCAAGGUCCUGGCGCAGAUAUUGUGGAUGUCUCCAACGAGUAUCUGAAAAAUAAUUUAACCAGCCUCCAGCAGAAGAUGCUCUCUCAUGGCUGUCGGAGAGUUGACGUAAAAAAUUUUAUUAUUUCCUAUCCAGCAGUUCUGCACACUGGGGCAGCUACACUGAGCACCAAGCUGGACUGUCUGCUCAAAGGAGGAAUUCCACUGCAGCAGAUACUAAAGAAGCCAAAAGUGUUUGACUACAGCGUACAGAACUUAACAGCCAAAUUACAGGAGCUUCACAGAAUUGGAUAUGACUUCCAGGAGAAAGGCACCGGCAUUCUGGACACGAGUCAGAAACGAUUUAAGGCUAAAUUGGGAAAGUUAGUAAUGUCCCCAAAUAAGUAAAAAUAUUGCUGCUAAUAUAUUUAUUUCAUGUUUAAUUUUCAAAGGAAAAAUCUUCAAGGUAACAUAUUUUGGUUUCAGCUGGAUUCUUGGCAUUCGAUUUGUUUUAGUCGAAUAUCACAAUAAUUCAUGACAAGCACCAUGUGCAUUAUUAUAAAUGACAGCCUGAGCUGACUGAGAAAUGUAAUAAUACUUCAGAUGUUCCAAAUCGAGCAUAGGUUCUUAUGAUCAGCUCACGCUGCAUUGUUGUGCAGGGACCAUAUACAAAGUGCAACCAACGGACCCCAUAAAUGCUUUAUAAAUUUUAAGUCAUAAAAUUAUAUGUCCAGGGUGUACCCCGCCUUCCGCCCGAUUGCAGAUGAGAUAGGCUCCAGCACCCCCCGCGACCCCAAAAGGGAUAAGCGGUAGAAAAUGGAUGGAUUAUAUACACUCUAAGGCAGAGAUAUUAAAUUAAAUUGUUUUGGGGGGCACGUUUCCAGAAAAGGAUGACUUCUCCCUUCACUAUUAGUCUUAUUUUGUAAAUUCCAGAGAACCAGCUACCUCCACAAUGGACAUUUGAUUUUGGUUUGUUUAUUAUGUCAAAAUUAUAGGAGCACUGUGCUGUUUUUAAUAAACUUUCUGCAAAAAUGUGAGUCUCA